UCUGCUGGACACGACCACGUACACGGGAGACUGGGGCUGGCUCACGUAUCCGUCACAUGGGUGGGAUGCCAUUAAUGAGAUGGACGAGUACUUCAGUCCUAUCCACACGUACCAGGUCUGUAAUGUGAUGAGCCCCAGCCAGAACAACUGGCUAAGAACAGGCUGGCUCCCCAGAGAGGGAGCAAGGAGGAUCUACAUUGAGGUCAAGUUCACCCUGAGGGACUGCAACAGCAUGCCGGGAGUACUGGGCACCUGCAAGGAAACCUUCAACCUGUACUACUACGAAUCUGACAGAGCGGUGGGCUCGUCCAUACGAGAGAACCAGUUCAUUAAGAUUGACACCAUCGCUGCUGAUGAGAGCUUCACCGGGGUGGACCUGGGAGUCCGCAGGCUCAAACUCAACACUGAGGUGCGAGGUGUGGGCCCUCUGAGCCGGCGAGGCUUCUACUUGGCCUUCCAGGAUAUCGGCGCCUGCAUCGCUCUCACGUCUGUGCGAGUUUACUAUAAACGCUGUGUGGGGGUGAAUCGCAACCUGGCGGUGUUUACUGACGUUGUGACGGGGGCAGACUCCUCUUCUCUGGUGGAGGUCAGGGGUCAGUGUGUGGAUCAUGCAGAGGAGAGGGACACUCCUAAGAUGUACUGCAGUGCGGAGGGGGAGUGGCUGGUGCCCAUCGGGAGGUGUGUUUGUUCAGCCGGAUUCGAGGAACACAGAGACUCCUGUGUGGCGUGUGAGGUGGGCUUCUAUAAGCCGGUGGCAGGAGAUGGCCUGUGUGGUAAAUGUCCCCAGCACAGCCACUCAGAGACCAGGGCUGCCCUCUCCUGCCCCUGUGACUCCAACUACUACCGAGCAGCCGACGACCCGCCGGCAGCUCCUUGCUCCCGCCCUCCAUCUGCUCCAGUCAGUGUCAUCUCCUCAGUCAAUGGGACGUCUGUGAAGCUAGAGUGGGAUCGCCCUCUGGAUACCGGAGGUCGCAGCGAUCUGCAGUACAGCGUGUUGUGUCAGAAAUGCUCGAGGGAAGGAGAGCCCUGUGAGGACUGCUCAUCCUACCCGGGAGGCUCUAAUGGUGGGAAGACAGGAGCAAGUAUCGGGGUGGGAGGGGGAGGAUUGGUGGAGCGUACGGGCACUGCAGCGGUUCGAUUUGUCCCCCGUUCGACAGGCCUGACGGAGUCCUGGGUGACCGUGCUUAAUCUGGUGGCGCACACCAACUACUCCUUCCGCAUCCUGGCAAUGAACGCAGUGACGCACCUGAGCAAUGAGGCGUCGCUGUACGCUCUGGUCAACAUCACAACAAACCAGGCAGCCCCCUCUGAGGUGUUAACCAUCCGCCCGGAGAACACCAGUCAGAACAGCGUGUCCCUGAUGUGGCAAGAACCCCAACAACCCAACGGAGUGAUUCUGGAGUACGACGUCAAGUAUUACGAGAAGGACAAUGAGGAGCAAAGUUACUCCACUCUGAAGUCUAGAAAUACCAGUGUCCGGGUGUCAGGGCUGAAGCCGGGCACCAAGUACAUCUUCCAGAUCCGAGCCAGAACGUCAGCCGGCUGUGGACGCUUCAGCCAGAACGUGGAGAUCCAGACUGGAAAAGCAGCUCCUCUGCGCUACAACACCAUGUCCAUAAUCUGGAUCUGCAUGGCCCUGGUGUCUGCUCUGAUCACCUUUCUGGCCAUCAUCAUCUGCAGGAAACGGCAAGGCUACACUCUACCACACUACCCAUCGCUGCUACACUGUGGCUACAGCAAAGCGUUCCAGGACUCUGACGAGGAGAAGAUGCAUUACCAGAACGGUCACGUGUCAUUCCCCGACGCGAGGUUCUAUAUCGACCCGCACACAUACGAGGACCCCUGCCAGGCGGUGCACGAGUUUGCCCGAGAAAUUGAAGCUUCCAGGAUCAAAAUAGAGAAAAUCAUUGGUUCAGGGGAGUUUGGGGAGGUGUGUUACGGACGUAUGAGACUCCCAGGGAAGAGAGACAUCCCAGUUGCCCUGAAGACCCUGAAAGCUGGAUACACAGACAAACAGAAGAGGGACUUCCUGGCUGAGGCGUCCAUCAUGGCCCAGUUUGACCACCCCAACGUCAUCCGUCUGGAGGGAGUGGUUACCCAGAGCAAACCAGUCAUGAUCAUCACAGAGUACAUGGAGAAUGGCUCUCUGGACUCCUUCCUCAGGAGACACGACGGCCAGUUUACCAUCAUCCAGCUGGUGGGCUUGCUGCGGGGCAUUGCAGCCGGUAUGACCUACCUGUCUGACCUGGGCUACAUCCACAGAGACCUGGCUGCCCGCAACAUCCUGGUCAACAGCAACCUGGUGUGUAAGGUGUCUGACUUCGGCCUGUCCCGGGUAUUGGAGGAUGACCCCGACGCUGCAUACACCACCAGUGGCGGGAAAAUUCCUAUCCGCUGGACGGCACCAGAGGCCAUCGCAUACAGGAAGUUCUCCUCGUCCAGCGACGUGUGGAGCUAUGGUGUGGUCAUGUGGGAGGUGAUGUCCUACGGGGAACGGCCAUACUGGAACCUCACAAACAGAGAUGUGAUCAAAUCAGUGGAGGAAGGCUACAGGCUGCCUGCUCCUAUGGGCUGCCCUGGUGCUCUACACACACUCAUGCUGGACUGCUGGCAGAAGGAUCGCAACGAGAGGCCGCGCUUCUGCCAGAUAGUCACUGUUCUUGACAAGCUAAUCCGCAACCCAGAGAACCUGAAGUCUAUGGACACGCUCUGCAGUUUAAGCAGUCCUCCACUGAUGGAGAGAGCUAUCCCAGACUUCAGUAGCUGUAACUCAGUGAACGAGUGGCUGGACACCAUUAAGAUGGGCCGCUACAAGGACCACUUUGCAGCAGGGGGGUACCACACUCUGGGACAUGUCAUAAGCAUGAACCAAGGGGAUAUCCAGAGGCUCGGGGUGACGCUGAUGGGCCACCAGAAGAAGAUCAUGACCAGUGUUCAGCUGAUGAGGGCGCAGGUACUCAACAAGAGCGUGCCGUCCGUGCACGUAUAACUCCAACGCUGAGGUGUCUUUCUGCUGAAAUCAAAGGCUUCUGUAUGGUCUAGAGGGACUCUGUGGACUUGAAGAUGAUCUGUUUAAAAGGAAAGGUGAAUUUAUGGGAACUUUUUAAGACUUUUUCCUCGAGAAAUUGAAGAACAAAACGUGAAAGGUUUUAACUACAGAGCACGCAAACGUGACUUUAAUGGGACAAGUCCAACCUUUCAUUUGUUUCUUAUCCGAUUACAUUUUCUGGGUUUAAAUGUCUUAUUUUGACACGGAAAGACUGCCUUAAUUACCACAAAUUAUUUUAAUUUUAUUGUCUACAAAGAGAAGAUAAUUUAUCAAUCAUGAAUUUAUCAGAGAAAUAUGAUUUAGUGACCUGGGCAAUAGCAGGAGUACAUGGAGUGAUGUUUUUUAGGUGGGGAUGGGAGUGUUUCCCACUGCAGCUACAGCUUGAGGACAAUGAAGCCCUGAAUGAGGCUCGAGUCAGACAAAGUGGAAACAAGUGGAAUAGGGCUCACCCGAGUUGCCAGAUCAUCUCCACAGCGGAGAAGACCUUUUUCACCCACGGCUAUUAAUACCAACAACAGGCACAGUUCUCCGCCGUCCAACCUUGAUGAAUGAUCCCAGGAGAGCCCUGGAGCCCUCUGCCCAGUUUGAAGCCGCGCAGUGCACAACUGCUGUUCUUUGGAAGAUGUGUAUGAUUCAGUUACAGUGCACUUUAUUCUACAAUCUCUCUGUGUUAGAGAGGCUUUCCUGUUGUGUCACAAAUUCUCCUCUCAGCCACAACCGGAGCCACAAUGUCGGUCUGUUAAAGGUGUAAGAGAUGUUUGAAAAUUUAAAUCUCCAGUUUAAAAAUCAGGACAAGAAAGAGAUGACUUUUAUUUAAUAGUGUUAGAAGCAACUUGCUCAUGAGAUUUAUUUCCAAUGUUUCUUUGCAGUUGCAAUACAUCAAACAAAAAUAUAUAUCAACUAUACAAAACACAUUAGAUGAAACAUACAAAUGCUAUUUCAAAUAUUGUAUUUACGUCUGCAUCAGGUGCAUUUUUAACAUAUAUUUGGGGUUUCAUGUUUGACCUCUUUGACCUCCUUCACAUUUAUUGAUAUUUUAAAUGCAUCCCAAAUCUCUUUAAAUAUAUAAAGUUUAUUUAAUUUGCACUGCAAUUACUGCAAACCUAAAGGUUGAGAGUUUACUUAUAAAUCAAUCGAUGAUUCAUUGUUAGAUUCACUUAGUUUAAGAGGCUGUUUCUCAUCAUGUGACUCCAGUUUUAUAUUUAAAGUGAGUUACGUCAUAAAACCUGAUUUAACUUAAAGCUAGUGAAGAACACGAGAUGAAAAAUGGUAGAGCCCCAGAUGACCCUGACUUUUAUUGAGUUUGUUAUAUGAUGUUCCUUUGUUUCUCUAAAUCCAAUACAUUUUAAACUACUGAAAAAUAUAUAUAUUUUAUAAGUGACCAUAUGUUGCAAAGUAGUAGCAGGCUCCAGGGUUUUUCUUAAUGACUUUCAGAUUAAGAAUCAGAUUUUUAUGUAGUUGAGUGAGUCAGUCUCGAGGUGGAUUUGGGACAUCAAAUAAGUCACGCCUGUAUCUGAGAUGUAUCACGGUCGAUUAUCACCUUCUGUCUCUGUUGGCUUAUCAGCUAGCAUAAGUUAAUUUAAGCAAACCAGCUGCUAUUAACCGACGACUAAAUGCUGACUACUGCAAUAUCCAGUGUGUGAGCAAUGUGCAGUCUUUAUUUUCAGAGCAGGUUCACCUGCUAAGUGCUGCUAAAAUGAUUUAAUACAAAACCUUUUUUUUUUCUUUUUAUUAAUUAGAUUGUAGAAAAAAAACUGUAAAAAAAAAAGAAAAAAACACAUGACAUCUUUUACAUGAAUUUUGUUUGAAUGCUCGACAAUAUCUGUUCAAAGUGAUUGUCCAUAGGUUACAACAGGCUGCAAGUGUUUCACUUUGCAUCCACUUCUUGUGACCAACAUUAAGCCUGAGUGAAAUUUAAAAGUGGACCAUGAAUAGUUUUGAGCGUCCUGAAGUUGCCCAUGACUCAACCUGUUGUACAAAAUGUUUAACGUCCUGAAAUUCCCCCUAAAUGUUAAUCCUAAGAAACCUUAAACUAUUAAACGACUUUAAUGUGCAUCUUUUAACCUUUCAACCAAAAUGCGAUACAUCAGGGUGGACUGUCCACUACCCCCACGCUGUUGAUUCAGCAUCUUCAGAGCAGCCCUACACGAUGCUGGGAAGGUGUGUUAUACCUGAAAGCCCUCUUAUUCUCUUGGCAUUUAUAAACAUCACGGUGCAGAAACGUGUUCAGUUCGGUGGAUGUGAUGGGAACGACAUCAGCACUUAUUCCACUCAGUGCGAUAAUUCUGCACCCCAGAGUGCAUAUCUGAUCUCAUCAUUCGUUUGAAUGCUGGGAAUACAAAGUACAAAUAAGCUACGCAGACUGUAAAAUAAAGUGUUACUUCUGAUUAAAUGUGAUGACACUGUUUGCCUCAGUGUUGGUGGAAGUGAAGAAGAACAUGUACGUAGAAUGUCUGUAUCUUAAACGCUCAGAAGUACAUAAUCAGCCCUGAUUUAUACCCCCUCUGUGCCAUCAAGAGAAUGUCUUUUCUUGUGCACCUCGGUAGGUUUUCCUCUAGAUGAUUGAUGUCAGUUUUUAUUAGAGAAGAACCUCAUCAUAUCUCUUGAAUAUGUAUCAUAGUGGCAUUUCACUGCUGGUUUCAAAGAUUUCUUUUUUCUUUAGGAUGCUUUUGAAGACACUGGACUUGAACUGAAAACCCAUAUUUUAUAAAGUUAGCUAUGUUUUUGCUAGAUGAAUUGAUUUAUAAUGUAUACAGCAAGUUCAGUCACUGGAAGGAAGAAAAAAACAACAACAUCCGGAUUUAUUCACAUUUCAUUAUUUAUUCAUACUCAUUUGUUUUCCAAUUAAUACAACUCGGAGAGGUUUUAUUACAGUUGAUGAAUCAUCCUUGUUGCUAAUGAUAAAUGUGCAAACUGUCCAUAAAUACACAAUAAAGGAACGUUUGUCUGUGUGUGACUGCAA